AUGGCGGGUCAGGCGGACGAGAAGCAUGAGGAGUGGAUGGAGGGAGACGGAAGCAGUCACGGGGCAAAUACGGCUGGAAGAGACUUCGUUUGGAGGACGUCCCACUCCGUCUCCCGAAGCAACAACAGCAACUUCUUGCCGCCCGCUGACGCCGCUCACCCGUCCAUCUCACCUGCUGCUCCUCUCGCUCCUCCUCCUGACUGUGCGCCAUUUGUUUCCUUAGAAGCACAGCAAUGGUGUGAGGCUGAAGGUGAAGGUGCUGCUGCUGCUGCCACCACCACCCCUCCCACCAUGCCCCGUGCUCUGUCGGAUCCCGAGCAGACCCGCCCUGCCAGUGGCGGCAGUGAGAGCGACCUUCUUCAGGUGAACGAGCAAGGGUGGGGCCCAGGAGUUUUUUCAGGUGCUGUGGGUGCGGGUGGGAGGGGGCGAGGGGGGGCAGCAGGGCGCGGUAGAGGGGCGGGGAGGGGGGGGUUCGUGGCGGGGCGAGGGGUGUGGGUGGGGGGAAGGGUUCAGGUGUUGAGGACGAUGAGAGGGAGGCGGAAGGAGGUGUCUCUGUCUGAGCAGCUGAUGCGGCAGCACCGGGAGGCGGAGCAGAGGCGCAGCGGGGUGGGUGAGGGUCAGCUGGCAGGGGACGAGCAGCAGCAGCAGCAGCAGCAGCAGGAGGAGGAAGAAGGUGAUCAGCGAUUGUUGCAGUUUCCUGGCUCUUCAACGCGCUCUCAGUCCCAGAGCCACAGUCGUCAAGGCUGGGGGGUGCAGCAGCAGCAGCAGCCGCAGCAGCAGCCGCAGCAGCAGCCGCAGCAGCAACAACAGCGAUGCUACAUGCAGCAGGGGCAGGAGAGCGGGGAGAGCCAAGGGCUAGGUCAGCAGCAGGGGAGUCAGCGCAUGCGGGUGCCGAGUGAUGGGGAUGAGGCUCCUGUGGUCAGUGCUGGUCCGCCCUCCUGGGUUGUGAUCCAGAGGAAACGAGGAGAGGAGCUGAAACCUUUGUCGGCCAUGGCUGCUGUUGCUGGAAGUGCUGGUGGUGAUGUUGCUGCUAGGGCAGAUGGAAGGCGGGUGGAUGGGCUGGGGGAGGGGCAAUGGGGCAACGGCAUGGGUGCUGUGGGUGGUGAGGACGGGGGUGAGGGAAAUGAUGGUCCGAUUGGGAGUGGUGCAGUAGGGAACGGUGCGGUUGGGAGCGGUGGCUGCAUGGAGGUGGAUGGGAAGGAGGAAGGGGAAGCAGGAGCUGGUUCGGGCUCGGGCGGUUGGACAAACAACUCGUCAGGUUUGUGGGUGGAGAGUGGUAGUGCUGGAACUGCUCUGACCGCCGGCGCUGCUCUUAGUUCUGGGACUGCUCUGACUGCUGGUGCUGGUGGUUCUGGUGGCGGUGGUGGUGGUUCUGGUGGCGGUGGUGGGCGCAUUGCACUGAUGAGCUGCAGACGGCAGAGAUCACAAGGGGGAGGUGGGGGGCGAGAGGAGAUGCAUGGUGGUGGCGAGGUGGACGAGAAGGAGGGUGAGGAGAGAGAGGGGUUGGGCGGACAAGCAAGAGAGGGCGGAGGAAACGCGGAUGAGGCCCAGGGGGAGUGGGAGCAGUUGCGGCUGUGGGAAGAGCAGCAAAGGUUAUUGGAGGGAGGGCCAGGGGAACCGACUGGAAUGCAGGAGGAGGAGCAGCAGGAGGAAGAGGAGGAACAAGAGUUGCAGCAGGGCUGGGGCCUGGGGCAAGAGGAGGGGCAAGAGGAAUUGCCGAGUGCCGAGCAGGAGGAGCUAGAGUGGAUGAGAAGACAGCAGCAAAUAGAGGGUGUGACUCCCGUGGGAUGGGAAGAAGAUGGUCAGGGGGAGCAACAGUGGGGCGUGGAGGAGGAACGGCAGGGCUUGGAACUAGCAGCAGUGGACAUGGCAGGGCAAGGGAUGGAAGGGGGCGAGGACGGAAUGGGAAGGGGCGGAGUAAGGGGGCAGGAGGGUGGUGAAGCAGGGGCAGCGGAUUUAUCAGCAGAGGUAGCAGCGGAUGUAGCAAGGGAUGUGACAGCGGAUGAAGCAACCGGUGUUGCGGAUGAUGUAGCGGACGAUUCACCUGAGGAGAUGCAGAUGCAAGUGGGUGCUGCAGCUGCUGGGGUUGCGGAUGCGGUAGCAGAGCAAGGGACGAGUGGAGGAGAGGAGCGGCGGCUCGCGUUUGACUUGAAUGAGGCGCAGCCGGGGGAAGGAUGGGCGGAUGGAGAGGACGAUGGCACUGAUGCUGAUCACUGUGUUACCACCGAGCCUCAGGCCAGUGGCAGCAGGGCGAGGCCAGGCGCGCACCUGCUGCUGCUAGACAUGAAUGCAGAGGCAGAGGAGGCAGCAGACAUGGGCUUGGAUCUGGGGUUGGGAGGCACGUGUGGGGCACAGCAGAGUCAACAGAGUCAACGGAGUGAAGGCGGUCUGGGUGGAGGAGAAGGGGGCGGGAGCGAGCAGGUGGGAGGAGGCAUGGUUGGGUUGUCGCUGGGACUUGAGUUGGGCGCUCCAGAGACAGAAAAGUGGUUCGAGAGGGGGAGGAUAGAGGUGGAGAAGCAGGAGAGGGCUUCAGGGCCCCACUCGCCAGCUCCCCGCUCCUCAGAGCACCACUCUUCAGGGCCUGAUGCGUUGCUGGUGGAUCCUCCAGUGCCUAGAGCAAGCUCACGUGUGGUGAACUGGUUGACGCAGCACCAACAACGGUGGCGAAAGCAGCAGGAGGAGCUGCAAGUGAAGGAGGAGCAGAUGGUCAAGGGGGAGGAGGGACUGGAUUUGGAGCAGGGGCGAGAAGGCAAGGAGCGGGAGCAGGACGAAUGGGAGCAGGAGGAACGGGAGCAGGAGGAACGGGAGCAGGACGAUCUGGAGCAGGAGGAACGGGAGCAGGACGAUCUGGAGCAGGAGGAACGGGAGCAGGAGGAACGGGAGCAGGAGGAACGGGAGCAGGAGGAACGGGAGCAGGAGGAACGGGAGCAGGAGGAACGGGAGCAGGAGCACCAGGCGGAUGUGUACCGGCUGGGGUUGUUGUUCUUUGAGCUGACGUGUCACAUGAGCGACCAAUCGGAGCGCAGGGGUGCAAUGGAGGAUGUGAGGAGCCGGGUGCUGCCCACAGCGUACCUCAUGGCCUUUCCCACCGGUGCUGCCUUCUGCCUCUGCUUGCUGCACCCCCUGCCCUCCAGACGCCCGCCCAUGAGGGACGUCCUCACAAACAGCCUCUUUCUCCGCCUCGCUGCAGAAGCUUCCACCGCAGCUUCUUCCUCCCAGUGCCAGCUGUCCGUGUCGUUCUCACCCCGGCAAGCAUCGGAAGUGCAAUGGGACGCAAAGGGGAAGGAGGGGCAGGAGAAGCAGGAGGGGAAGGAGGAGGAUCAGGAGGGGCAGGAGGGGAAGGUGGGGCUGGAGGAAGGGCAGGAAGGGGGGGAGCAGGAGGAGGAGCAGGAGGAGGAGCAGGAGGAGGAGCAGGAGGGGCAGGAGGCGCAGGAGGGGCAGGAGGCGCAGGAGGGGCAGGAGGGGCAGGAGGCGCAGGAGGGGCAGGAGGCGCAGGAGGGGCAGGAGGCGCAGGAGGGGCAGGAGGCGCAGGAGGCGCAGGAGGGGCAGGAGGCGCAGGAGGCGCAGGAGGGGCAGGAGGGGCAGGAGGGGCAGGAGGGGGGGCAGGGAGAGGAGCAGGAGAGGGAGCAGGAAAGACAGGAGGAGCAAGAGAGGGAGCAGGAAAGACAGGAGGAGCAGGAGGGGCAAGGGGGGCAGGAUGGGCAUGAGCAUGCACGCUCUCAUGAUGGUACUGUUGACGGCGGUGUGUGCGUUAGCAGGGAUGUGGAGGGGCGUGAGGAGGGAAAGGAGGGAGAGGAGGGGCCACGGCAGCGCAGGCCAGGGAAGGAACCGAUGGUGGAAGUGAGUGAUGGGGAGGAAGGCGGUAUGCGUUGGAUGAACGAUGAAGGUGAAGAGGGUGAUGAGGACGAGGAGUUGGAUGGUGGUGGGCGUGGUGGAAAGGGAGAGGAGGAGGAGGAAGAUGAGGAAGAGGAGGAGGAGCUAACGAUAGGGCGGGGUUGGAGGGAGGGAGGAGAGGAGGGUGCUGCUGCUGGUGGCGGUUUGGUUGGGGAGGGGACUAGAACCUAUGCGUUUACUGGUACUGGUGAGUACAGUAGAAAGCGAGAGAGGACGCAGGAGACGGAAGAGAGGGAGGAGGAGGUUGAUGGUGGUGGGGAAGACAACAGGGAUGGUAUGCAUGGCAGAGAGGGAGAGGAGGAAGAGGAGGAAGAGGAGGAAGAGGAGGGAGGAGCGGAGGCAGUGGGGAUGCGAGGGAGCAAGAGGGUUCGGUGUGAGGAGCUGACAGAUGAUGUGAGGCUGCCACAGGAGGAGCAUCUACAGUCGCCUCACCCGCUGACACAGGAGGAAAUGACUGUUGAAGCACCUGAAACAAUGACUGAGUCGGAAUUGGCAGAGAAGGAGGAGGAGAACGAGGUGCUCCUGGAUUUUCUCUUGAGGGUGCAGCAGGGCAAGGCGGAGACCUCCCAGCAGGUGGCCGCCAACCUGGACGGGCUCACUGCUGACGUGGCAGAGGUAGCUGAGAGGAGGCAGCUGCUGCUGGCGCUGUCUCGGUCAAUCAGCGCGCGCCACGUGACCAGCACAGCUGAGGCGAGAGGAGCAGAAACGGAUGCUAAGGGUGCAGGUGUAGGAGCAGGUGUGGGAGCAGGUGUGGGAGCAGGUGGGGUGGCAGGAGCGGGGGCUGGCGAGGUGUUAGCUGCAGGGAGGGAUGCAGACGGGGCGGAGGAGGGGCACAUGCAAGAGGUUUGGGGGCGGCUGGGCUGUGUGCUUCAAACGGUGAGGGCGCUGGGUCAAGAUGUGACUGUAGAGAGGGGUGCUGGGACCAGUGCUGCAGCUGGUGGGGAGGGGGGGAGUGGCAGUGCAGGGGAUGGUGUCAUGGGUGGGGAUGGUGUAGCGGAGAGGCCCUGGCUGGGGCAUUUCUUCGAGGGCCUCUCCCGCUACACCAGGUUCGGCAAGCUGCAGGUUCGGGCGGCGCUGCGCCGAGGAGACCUGCUAGGCUCGGCAGACAUGGUGUGCUCGGUGGCGUUCGACCGCGACGGCGAGUUCUUUGCUUCGGCGGGCGUAUGCAAGCGCAUCAAGGUGUUUGACUGCAAUGCCGUACUGCGCACCGCUGCUGAGCGAGAGGCGCGGGUGGAGGAAGUGAGAGAUGGGAUGGAGGAAGACGAGGAGGAACAGCAGGAAGGAAGGGGGGAGAGAGGAGUGGGAGAAAGGGGGGGAGGGGGAGGAGUGUGGGGAGGCGAGCAGGGGGGGCAGGGGCAUGGGGAGGGGCAUGAGGAGGAGCUGCUGCAGUACCCAGUGGCGGAGAUGGCGUGCGAUUCAAAGCUGAGCUGUGUGAGCUGGAACCCCUUUGUCAAGAGCCUCGUUGCAUCGUCCAACUAUGAUGGCGCCGUGCAGGUGUGGGACGUGUGUGCAGGGGAGGCGAUAGCGGAGUACAGGGAGCACGAGAGGCGGGUGUGGAGUGUGCACUGUGCGCCCACUGACCCCACCAAGCUCGCCAGCGGCAGCGACGAUGGCUGCGUGCGCAUCUGGAGCUUGCAGCAGGACUCCAGUGUGACCACCAUCCGCACGAGGGCCAACGUGUGUGCGGUGCACUUCUCCCCGGCCUCCUCGCACAUCCUCGCGCUCGGCUCUGCCGACUUCAAGCUCGCCCUCUACGACCUGCGCAAGCCGCGCUCGCCCCUCGCCACGCUCCCCGGCCACUCCCGCGCCGUCUCCUACGUGGCCUUCGCGGACCCACUCACUCUUGUGUCCGCGUCUACGGAUAACACACUGAGGGUGUGGGAUCUGAGGGACGUGCUGGGGAGUGCAGGGGAUGGUUCAGUGAUGGGGCAGCAGCAGCAGCGGCAUGCGGGGCAGGGGAGCGUGGCGCCGUGUGUGCUGACACUCUCAGGGCAUGUGAAUGAGAAGAACUUUGUGGGGCUGUCCGUGUCCGAAUCGGGGUAUAUUGCAUGCGGCUCUGAAAACAACUCGGCGUAUGUGUACCACCGCAGUGUGCCAGCCCCCAUCACAUGCCACCAGUUUGGCGCUGUAGAUGCUGUUACAGGGAGGGCGGGGGGAGAGGACGCAGGGCACUUUGUGAGCAGCGUGUGUUGGCGAAAGGGCACUCACUCCCUCGUGGCUGCGAAUUCCAUGGGCGACGUGAAGGUGCUCGAGAUGGUGGAAGUUGGGGAAAGGAAGGAGAGAGUAAGGGAAGAGUGGCGCAAGGGCACCCUCUCCCUGGUGGCAGCGAAUUCAAUGGACAAUGUGAAGGUGAUGAAGAUUGAUGCGCUCGGAGCAUGA